AUGGCUGAUAACAUUAGUAAAAACACAAACUCGGCAGAUGAUCUAGUAACUUCGAAUGAAGGCAGUGAAGUGGCAGCAGAUGAUGCAGAGGGCAAUCUUGAUCAAAAGAGAGAAGAUAUUUCAGCAAAAAUUAACAUCCUUGGCUUCUCUCUUACAGAGAAUCUAAAUGAAGGUGCUACUGAAGAGGCAGAUUGUGAAUCCUUGAGUAUGCAUAGUGAAUUAGAUAUAGAAGAGCCUGAAGCUUCCGAUAUGGACUGGGAUGUAGAGAAGUACUAUGCAAACAGCAAAGGCGAAACAGGUUCAAUCUCAAAUGAUAUAAAGCCCAUCACACUGGUUGAUGAUUCAGUUGGCAGUGACGAAUUUAUGGAAAAAUCAUCUAUUCUGGAAGAGGCCUUGGAUAACGGAAGUAUCAUCUCUAGAAUAAGUUAUGAUUAUGAUGACUCACAAUCUGCCUGUUUGCACGCAGAAUUUGACAUUGAUGAGUGUGUUGAAGCGUCUGAGGACACCUCAAAUAACUCUCUGGAUGCCACUUUCUUUCUGGAACAGGAAAUAGCUGAGAAGCCAGAAGAUGAGCGCGAUCUCAAGAGAACUGAAAGCGCUUCUGGUGUCAAAGCAGAUUCAACAACUGAGGCAUGUGAGGAAAAGCUGAACCAAAUCAAAGAUGCACCAAGAUUUAAAGAUAAGAAGACACAUAAAUAUGAUUCGAGUGUAGAACUGUCUGAGAGCUACAUAAACCUGAGGGGCAUAGCCAGGCGCAUUGACAUUGAGGAGCCAGGGGAAUCAAAAGAAUUCAAUCCACGAGCCCCAAAUUUCCCGUCAGUGGAGGCAGAUCCAGAAGUAGAGAAAGUUGAUCUCAAGCAUCAGAUGAUGGAUGACAGGACAAAUGCAGAGGACUGGAAGGUUGAUUUUGCACUCCGACGAGCAGUGGACAAACUUGCACCAGAUCGCAAGAGAAAGGUAGCAUUGCUCGUGGAAGCUUUUGAAACAGUCACGCCAACAUCUAAAUGGGAAUCUCACCUCAGGCGCAGCACAGCAGGAUUUGCACAUUCUAGACCAAUUCACGCUUGUCGCUGA